GUGGAAAUUGUGAAAUGAUUGAUAAGAAAUCUCAGAAAUCUGAAAUUAGACCGUAGACGAGUUAAAUUAAUUAACGAAUAAAUUAAUCGUAUUCGUGAGAAUUUGAUGAGCGUUUCAAGUAUUUGUAUCGAGUAAUCGAACAGGUUUCCAUUGCUUCUAAAAUGUCAUCUUCAGAAGCAUCUGGUGGCAGGUCGAAGCAUCUCGCAUCGCAAUUCGGCACCGCUCUCGAAAAAGUAUCAGAAGUACUGAACUUUCAUUUGGAAAAGAAAGAUAACGAUGACCUAUCUGUCGAAGAUAAAGCCAGGCAAGAUUUGUUCUUAGCUUACGCGUUGAAUUGUUUCAUGUGGAUGUACAUGAGAACCAACGGCGAAGAUCCUUCUCAAACAGUUUUAAAAACCGAAUUGAACAAAGUUAAAGAAAAUAUGGCCGAAUUACAACGUGCGAUUGAUCGUAAAACCAUAAUGCCCAGAAUAGAUCAAGGAGCUGCGAAACGAUUCAUCGAACAUGGUUUAUGGGAGGAAAACAAUCCUAAGAAAAGUAAACAUACUAAAUUUGAAGAUGAUUGAUCGUGGACAUUGUAAAUUUAUUGUGAAUAAUUGUUCAUUUUAUCGAGUUUUUAAUGCUGUGAUAUGCUGUUGAAAAUAUUCUUCGCGUCUCGCAUUUAUGUACAUUUUGUAACGACUGUUUUCAUUAAACUUUUUAUAUAAGGGGAAA